UUGUUUCUCCUUUCUUCACCCGCCUUUCAACUGCUAACAUCGCCCUUCCUGCAAAUUUACUGUCCCACCAUCAAGAGCCCACACACUCUGUGCGUGUCCAGGGCCGGGGUGCACACACUAAGAACCGUAGGAAGUCAAGAGGGUUUUAUUUUUCUUCAAGAGACUGGGAUGGUAUCUUUUUUGCCAGGAGAUUGUUUUCCUGGAACCAUGGACUAUUUCAUUUUAAAAGGAUUCCUGAUGCUUUUCUUGAUGCAGCACUGCACAUCUGACGACUUGCCAACCUCUAUCCAAUCCUCCAUGGCUCCGCCUGAAGAAUUAUUCACUCACCCCCAAGAAGCAGAACGGCCUGCAGCUGAGGUGGUCGCUAUGGUUGCCCAACCAAAUCUGGAAGAUGUGCAUCAAGCUGUACAGGAGGCCUCAGACAAGGUGGAGGGCGGUGGCGCUGCGGAAGUACUGAAGGAACUUCUGGAAAGGGUGGUGGAAGCGGCUCUGGGACAGGUGGAAGGGAAACAAAAUGAGCCUGGAGAGGAUGUACAAGAGCCUGAUGAAGGAGAUAAAACUGACCCUGAAUUGUCAGACCAGGUGUUGGUCGGGAUGUAUGAUGUUGAGCAAGAGGAAAGGGGAACCGUAGAGGGAGAUAAGGAAACCAUAGCUGAUAUCGUAGACGAGAGGCCAGCAGCUAGAGAAUCAACUGGAGACGGAGAUGUUGAUGAAUCUGUAGAUGCCGAAGUUGGUCAGAAAGUUGUAGAGGAAACCUCCAAAGAAACACAAACAGAUUUAGCAUUUGUGAUGUUAGAAGGCAAAUUACAAACCGAAACAACUCAAGUAGGCCAACAAGUGGAAGUUGGAGUUGUCGAACCAGGGCCAAUUCCAGGUUCAGACCAGCUUCUGAGGGCUGACACAGAGCAGGUCGAGACUGUAUGGGCCACAGAAGAGUCCCUGGGAGAUCAGGUGGAUGAGGUGGAAAGUGAAGUGAUCACCCUACUCUCUGAUAGUGAUCAUAUGGAGGCUACACAAUCUGCGGUGGAAGACUCAGUCGUGGUGGAAGAGAAUAACCCAGUGAACGAGUCAAACAACGAGCACAUGGGGAAAGAAGCCGUAGACGAUAUUGAGUUUGCGGGUGGAGAAACUGACUUAAAGGGAGGGGAAGUUGAAGAACACACGGUCAUGGAGUCAGAAUGGGAACCCUGGGUGAACGGUGGGGAUGACCAACACAUUGCAGUCGAUGAUACCACAUCACGGACCACAAAUCAUAGUCAAAGAGAGGAUUCAGAAGCACUGCUGAUCUCUGUCUCAGAGCCCGAGGAUGGCGCCGAAGCCUCCAUAGAGCAAGACCAACAGAAACCGGCUGCCAACCUGAGCCUCGGCGAGGCCGGUGAGGAAUCUGACCACGGCAAUGAAAUCCUCACCCCUACCGACGACGUUCUCGCGCAUGGUUCCAAUGUGGCUCGACCGACACUGGGCUAUUUUGUGGGAAAUCAUCUGGUGAUCCACCCUCAGGCAAGAGGAGAAGACUCAGAUUCUGUGGACGGAAUGAAGGAACCCCAGGAGAUGGGUCUAGAGUCAUGGAAGAUCAGUGCCAUCAUCGCCGCGGUCUUCCUCCUGCUGGAAACCGCCAUCAUCGCCAUCUAUGUCCUCAAAUGUCGUAACAAAGACAGCGGCCUGACGCGCCAGCGCUCGUGUGAGGAAGCCUCCGUGGAACCGGAGGCCACGACUGCUGGAGACUGCAGUGAUGACACGCUUCCUGCGGCCAAUGGCGACUCACAACAGAUGUCGGCACCAGACCAGUGCGAUGUGGCAACAACCCUGGCACAAAACCCUGAGGGCCCCCAAGGGCCACACAUGAUAAACAUGUCAAACCUGCACAUCUCCACGGAGGACUCAGCCAACACUGGACCAGGACCUGAGUCCUUGCUUCGGACUUCCAUGCUCUAGACUGCUUCGCGUGGUUAAAUGAGGUGAACCCCGGGCCCCCAAGGGCCCCUGCAGACACACAGGAAGUGAGCAUGGAGGAGUUGGAAUUAGUUAGGGUAACAUGAACAUGUCAGCGUGUGACGAUGCUGAUAAGCUCAAUCUUUCAAAAGUAAUCUUUGUCAUCAAUCCACUUAUUUUGUGCCAGGACAAAAAUAUUGUUUAACAUUUCCAACUAAAUAAUAUCCUUGAAUGUAUUCUUUCAACUUGUGCACAAUAAAACAAUGAAGAAUGAAUUCUUUAUAAUUCUCUGUCAUUCACGGACUUCACCGAGGACAUUUUCUUUCAAAAUGGAAUGAUUUUCCCACAAUUCAUGCAGCGUCUGUAUAUAAACAUUUGAACUCUUUAACACUUUUUAAAAAACUAAUAUUUACAACAAAUGUUGUGUUGUUUUACUCAAAGGGGAACUUUGUUGCACUUUUUUGGGAAUGUUGUCUAUGAUUCAUAAUCCUUAUCGAAGACAAGAACACGUGUUUUCUUUUUGUGUGACUUCUGAGUCAUGAAUAAAAUCCAGCAAAAGUCAGCUAACAAUGGAGUCACUCUAUUCUGCCUGGGAAGCGGUCCACUCCACAGGUUUAAAACUCAAGGCCCGGGGGCCGUAUCUGGCCC